AAUAUGCAUUUAUUAUAUGGCACACAAUUUGGUAGAUAACUUUUAUGGGACAGCAGGUAUAGUUAUCAUCGAUCAAAUACGCGCCUCGUCCGGUUGACUGCCGAAAGAUACAGCGAUGGGGUCUGAUAACGUCGAGGGUGCCUGUGCGAUCUGCGAAAAACUUGCGACGCUGAGAUGCAGUAAUUGCAAGGCGCAAUUCUAUUGCACCAAGGAACAUCAGAAGGAUGACUGGUCCCGGCACAAGACCGCUUGUAGAUCAUGGGAGAUCCGCGAGAGUCGGGAACUGGGUCGGCACUUGUUGGCCGCCAGGGACUUGGACGCCGGUGACCUCGUGGUCUGCGAACCGCCUUUGGUCUGGGGUCCAGCACCCCAUUCUCUCGAGCGGGUCUGCGUUGGUUGCGGAAGUCGACAGACCCACGGUAGGUGUCCAGGGUGUACCUGGCCCGCUUGCAGCCCCCGAUGCCUGGGCCUGAUGGACCACGACCGGCACGGAACGGAGUGUGCCAUUCUGGCCAAAUGCAGGAUAUUGCCAAGAUGCGACCUCCUAUUGCCUCUACGUUUCUUGCUGCUUCGGAGGCGAAGCCCGAAACGUUGGGCUUUGCUGGAGGCCCUUCAAAGCCACGAUGACUCACGUGGUCCUGGCACCGAAGCCCACGAGGAAAUGCUCAGCCUGAGAGAACACUUGGCACCGUUUCUGGCAAUGGACCAGGCGGCAGCUGACGCAUUUCCUCGGGUCUGUGGUCUCAUCGACGUCAACGCGCUGGAGACAAACCCACCCGAGGGUUCUGCUGCUCUCUACGAAACGGCCUGCCUCCUCGAGCACAACUGUAUCGCAAACACGAGGCACAGCUUCUCCAUAGACGCCAAAGGUCGGCCCUGCAUCACCGUUCGCACCGUUACCACCGUCCGGAAGGGAGAGCACCUUAGCACCACCUACACGCACGCCUUGUGGGCAACCCGGAGUCGCCGCGAACACCUCCUUGCAACGAAGUACUUCUCAUGUCGUUGUCAACGUUGCGCUGACCCCACAGAAUUAGGAACACAUCUAGGCACUUUAGUCUGCCCAUGUGGUCCAGGCCUUGUCUUGCCCAGAGAUCCCUUGGACUCGGAGACCGAGUGGUUUUGCAAUGCUUGCCCGGGGGUGCUGACCUCAAUGGAAGUGAUGCAGCUGACAGAGAGACUCGGCGAGGAAGUUGAAGGUGCCAUGGAGCUCGCGAGUCGAAAUGCCCUUGCGGAUUUAUUAUCCAGACUACAAGUACUACUGCAUCCUGGGCAUCAACACUGUCUCACUGUUGGCCAUUCAUUGAUGCAGCUUUUGCCCCCUGAUGACCAUCAGAAGGCCGAAAUUUGCAGACGUGUGAUACAGACAACCCAAGUGCUAGACCCUUACGGCAGUCGCCUCGCUCUCUACACAGCGGUGGCCCUUAGGGAGCUAUCAUUGGCCCCAGGGGAAGACCGCGUGGACCUGCUCUGCAGGGCAACCAAACUUUUAAAACUUGAGCCGCCGAACAGCCCCGGAGAGAAACUUCUCAGGCUGCUAGAAGCGGAACUGCUUUAGAUUUAUUAAGUUCCGUCGAGGAAUCAAGAUUAACCCCUUCCAUCCGCUCCAGAUCGCAUUCGGAAUGUUAGGUUUAGAUUUCGGAGUAAGGUUCGAUUUGCAUUGCCUUGGAACUCAGCUCAGUUUGACAUUAAAAAAUAUGGAGAAUUGGAGGCAAAGGGACGACUGGAGUGGGUUC